AUGGCUCCCACUGGACCUUUCCGGCUUGUCACCGUCAACACGGCACCCGAGCGUGCCAAGAGGUUGAUCGGCCGCGUCGUCGAGGACGUCAAGGACCAGUAUACGAUCAUCCACAUUGCCAACGCAGCAAGCAUAGACGAAGUGCGCCAGACUGUGGAGGAGGCCCAGCCGAAUGUUCUGUUCACGGCAUCUAUGUGGACGCCCGAGGAGGCUCAGCGAAUAAUCGCCAUCGCCAAGGAGGUUGUGCCCGACCUGAAGACAUUUUCGUUGCCGCAGGGGUUGCAGGUGGAAAAGGGGCCGGAUGCGGUGGUCGAGUACAUCAAGGAGCACCUGCCUGCGGUGCUAGGCUAG